ACUGAUUGAUGAUGAUGAAUGAAUAUUGAUAGUAAUUUAAUGCCAUUAAAAUUAUUUUACAGCUCAAUUUCAAGUACUUCUACUACUGUGUUGACAGUACUAGUCUAUGACUAGAACUAUAAUAAAAACAAGAAAUAACAUAUUUAAAUAAAAAUUUAUUUAUUUUCCCAAAACAAAAAUUAUAUCCUUCGAUUCCAGUUCUGAAAUCUUAUAGAACCAACAUUUAAUGGUUUCUUCACUGGUAUUUAGUUGUUUUUUCAAAUAGAGAAAGCUUAACAGUAUCUUCUUGUCUAUAUCUCCAGUUUAAAAUGAAGAAAAUGUUUGGGUUUUCUCGUAGGAGAAUGAAGCUGGGAAGGUUGAAAGUGCAGCUUUCGGAUACUAAUUCAGGAACUAGAAGUCCUGUUAGACAUACUAAACGCAAUAACAAAUCCGAUGGAGAAUCAGUAACGCCUCCCACCAAGGUUAAAUCCGAUGUACAUAAUCGACAAAGUUUAUCUGAUACGGGUGAACCUAACAGUUGUGCUUCAGGGAGUGCGGAAGGUUGGAUGGUGUUAUCAACUACCGGGGAUAAACCCACGCCUCGCUUCAAUCAUGCAACAACUGUGAUUGGGGAUAAAAUGGUGGUGGUUGGUGGUGAAUCUGGCCAUGGCGUGUUAGAUGAUGUACAGGUUCUUAGUUUUGAGAGGUUUACGUGGACUAAAGCAUCUUCAAAACUUUACUUGUCACCCAAUAGUCUUCCGUUGAAGAUCCCUGCGUGCAAGGGACAUCGUAUGGUACCUUGGGGGAAAAAAGCACUAAUGAUUGGAGGUAAAACUGACCCAGCAAGCGACAGGAUUUCAGUAUGGGCAUUUGAUAUAGAAACGGAAUGCUGGUCACUUAUGGAAGCCAGAGGGGAAAUUCCGGUUUCUCGCAGCGGCCACAGUGUGACUAGAGCUGGUUCAGUUUUGAUUCUCUUCGGCGGUGAAGAUGCUAAGGGAAGAAAAUUGAAUGAUAUACAUAUGUUCGAUCUCAAGUCUUUGAUGUGGCUUCCUCUGCACUACACAGGGAGUAAACCGUCUCCAAGAUCCAAUCAUGUGGCUGCCCUCUAUGAUGACAGAAUCCUUUUCAUUUUUGGAGGGUCAUCAAAAUCGAGGACUCUGAAUGAUUUGUACUCUCUUGAUUUUGAAACGAUGAUAUGGACAAGAAUUAAGCUUCGUGGAUUCCAUCCAUCACCUAGAGCUGGUAGCUGCGGAAUUUUAUGUGGGAAUAAAUGGUACAUUGCCGGAGGUGGAAGCAAGAAAAAAAGGCAUGCGGAUACAUUGGUCCUUGAUGUCCUAAAACUCGAGUGGUCAGUAGCUGUGGCAUCAUCUCCAUCUUCGAUAACUUCAACCAAAGGGUUUAGCUUGGUAUUUGUGCAUCAUAAAGAAAAGGAUUUCCUAGUCGCUUUUGGCGGAUACAAGAAGGAAACUUCCAAUCAGAUUGAGGUAUUGGUCAUGGAAAGGCAUGACUCUAUGGGUUGGCAAUCCACUGGCAGCAAAUGUCCAGUUGAUUCAGUUGUCAGAAAUAACAUAGCAUCUGUGCUGGAGAACCACGGCUCAGGUAGGAAAUCCAUUUCUGUCUCCUCCCUUAUGGACUCAAAUCCUCUCUCUUCACUCUCCACGAAGUGCAACAAGGAUGAAGGACGGAAAUUAGCUUCAACGAUGCGGAACAAUCUGUUGGAUGAGAACUUUAAGGAGACAGAUAACUGCUCAGUACGGAAGAACUCUUCUUCUCAGACAAUGGAGCAACACCUAAAAACAUUAGACACAGGAGUUCAGACAGAUCUUGCUGGAGGUGUGAACAAUGUGGAUGACAUGUCUUCGGUGUUUGACUCAGAAAAUUAUAUAACCCAUCAUCAGAAUCAAAUCAGUACAGAUUAUUAUUCUGACAAGGAUGAAAUACAACAUCCAGAAACUGAAGGAAAACCAGUUGGCCUAUUUCAAAUGUAUGAAACUAAAAUUGCUGGUUUGAUAAGGAAGAAUGGGUUGCUUGAAGGACAGUUAACCACUGCGUUGACCAGCAAAGAAGCUGCAGAGAAGAAUUUAUCUUCAGUAGUGAAGAGUAAACAGGAUAUGGAAAAAAAACUGUCGGACACGGUGAAGGAAAUGGAGCUGUUAAAAGAGAAACUUUCAAGUAUAGAGAUUGCACAAGAUGAAGCUAAUAGUCUAUCAAAUAUAUUCCACUCUGAUAACGUGAGACUUGAGCAUGAUGUAGCUUUUCUGAAGGCUGUUUUGGAUGAUACACAAAAGGAGCUUAAUUCAACAAGGGGUGUUCUUACUGGAGAAAGAGCCAGAGCGUUUCAAUUACAGGUUGAGGUCUUUCAUCUCAAACAAAGAUUACAGUCCAUAGAGAACCGAGCACCUACACCUAGGAAACCAUUCCACAUGCAGUAGUUUUUCGCGAAAUCUCAGAACAGCUGAAAGUACCAACGGAAGUUAAAAAGGUGGUGUCAGUCCAUCUACAUGAAGUAAAUCUUGGUAACAUUUUCUGCUCGGAUUUGAGGUAAUUUGUAUGUAUCUAUUAGCAAUUUGCUUACCACUUCUUGUACCACCUAGGUAUGUGUCUAAUUUGUAGUGUUGUACAUAUAUUGCUGUAAUCCAAAAUCUCUGUUCCGUUUAGUCAGAUGUAAUAUUAUGUAGAAAAGGGCACACCCAACUUAAUUAUUCUUGAUUACGUUUUGUUCUUGUUGUUGGAGUA